GAGGAAUUUGAGGUGUGAAUGGUCAUUAACAUAUCUUUUGUUUCCAAGGGUGGGAGAGGUCUGAGGUGUGAAUGGUCAUUAACAUAUCUUUUGUUUCCAAGGGUGGGAGAGGUCUGAGGUGUGAAUGGUCAUUAACAUAUCUUUUGUUUCCAAGGGUGGGAGAGGUCUGAGGUGUGAAUUGGUCAUUAACAUAUCUUUUAAUUUCAAGGGUGGGAGAGGUCUGAGGUGUGAAUGGUCAUUAACAUAUCUUUUGAUUCCAAGGGUGGGAGAGGUCUGAGGUGUGAA